GAGCACUACGUUAGAAAAGCUCUGCUCUUUGACGGCGCCCCUCCCUCUCUUUUUCCCAGCCUCCUCUUUCGGCUGUGACAAGUGGUGGCCGCCAACGUGGGGAGCGGAAGCUGUUCUGCUUCUCUUCGAACUAACAGCGUUGAGGCAGGAGCAGGAGGGAAAGCGCGCGUGCGACGGCAGUUUAAGCUUGGACCUUCUGCUUCCCACAAGAGAACGGGAGCGGCGGUGACCCAGACGAACGUAAGGCGCACGCGAGGCUGCUGGGUGGCGCCGAAUUCUCACUGUCCUUUCUCCUCUCCCCUCAACCACUGAGGUUUUGGGGAUCGCUAACUCGCGACUGGUCAGUCCGUCAGUCAUAUCCGGUUUGAACCGGAGUGCUAGGAGGAGCUACCACCGCCAUCGCCAUGGCUGAAACCGAGGAGAGGAGCUUAGACGACUUUUUCGCGAAGCGAGACAAAAAGAAACGGAAAGAGAAAAGCAGCCGAGGAAGUGCCACUGCCGCGCCUUCCUCGGCCGCCUCUUCCAAUGCCACUGCUGCGGGUGUGACUGGCGGAAGCCGGCAAGCCGAAGGCGCCCAUGGAACCGCCUCUAAUGCUAACGCGGCCACCAGCGGUGCUAAGGCGGCAAACAAGGAAGAGGAUGACUGGAAAGAAUUUGAGCAGGAAGAAAUAAUUGACUACAGUGGUCUCAGAGUUCAGUCCAUGCAAAUUAGUGAAAAAGAUGAAGAAGAAAGUGAGAAAAAAGAAGAACCAAGGGAUAAUAGUGAGGAACCAGCUGGAAGUGUGGAAAAAUCAUCUGGUCCUUGGAAUAGAUCUGCUCCUACACAAAUAUCUGUUGCUGAAAUUAUUGAAAAUCCAGAGCCAGUGCAAUCCAGUGGAGUAUAUAGGCCACCUGGUGCAAGAGAAGGCAGGACACGAAAAGUGACACAAGGUCCCCCAGAGAUCUAUAGUGAUACACAGUUUCCAUCAUUGCAGUCCACUGCCAAGCAAGUAGAUACUAGAAAGGAUAAAGAAAUGGAGAAGAGCUUUGAAGUAGUAAAACACAAAAAUAGAGGUAGGGAUGAGGUUUCAAAAUCCCAGGCAACUAAACUUCAGCUAGACAACCAAUAUGCUGUGCUUGGGAAUCAGUAAAGCUGCACUCAUAUUACAAUUAAGGAAUGGUUGUUUGAUACCCUUCCACUCUUAAGGUAACUAAACUACACCAAUUAUGAACAUGCCGUCUUGUUUCUGCUGGAUCUUCUACAACAAGUGCAGACUACUUUGACGUAAGUGAUUGCUUUUCUGCACUUCGAAAGUAUACUUAAUUUGGUACACCUUUGUAUUACGAGGGAAAUUAAUGUAAAUUCUUGAACAAGAGUUCCCGGUGUUUUGAUUCCUCUGCAGCCAGUGGUUAUUUCAAAUUUUUUUAUGUUCAGAUACUGAGCCUUCGUAAAGGUUGACUACCUCAGACUUGCUGCACUCAUUGUGGAUACCAUGUGGAUCACAACUUCUGGAAAAGGUUACAACUCUUUGGUGGCCAUCUGAAACUCGAAACCAGCUCUACUGGAUUCCUCUAAAGAAAUCCUGCAGAAGUCAGCCAUCUGAGUUGAUAAUAUAAAAGACAAAUUUAAGUGACCUUAAAUGUGCCCCAUUUAUUAUAUCCUUUCACAUGUAGCCAUAAUUUACUAGGAACCUCUAAUGCACAAAGAUUUUUUUUUAAAAAAAUAUGCAGCAUAGUGUUCAGUUUUUCUUUUAAUUUAGUUAUCAGAAAAUAAAUACAUAUCCAGACAGAAAAUUUAUGGACACUAGUCUGUAUAUUCUUGUUUCAUCUCUGUAAACUCUUCAUUUGAAAAAUAGCUCUCCAGUCUUGACAAAUUGCAAUAUAGUCAGUAGUUGCAUGGAAUAUGCAACUAUAUAUACUUUACUGGAUCUCAAAGAGUUAGGUUUUCUUUGGAUAAAUGGUAAAUAAAUGUUUGCUCCUAUAAUAUUGGACUGAUUUUUGAGAAGUUCAUUCUGAAUAUAUAGCCUUAGCAAUCUGUUAAGAAGCAUCAGCUAUUGCUCACACAUACCAUUAUAUUUGCAGAUGGAGAUACUUAUAUGUAUAGUGAAAAAUGUCCAUUGCUGUACUUUCUUACUGUUUUAAAAUUUGGAUACCUUUUACGAAUAAGAUGUUGCAUAUAUGGCAUUUUUUUCCUCCUGCUGCACAAAGAAUGGCAACUUCAGUUAAAACUCAGUUUCCUGGCCAGCUAUGUACCCAUUUAUUUGGACAAAUAUUAACAGUAUUUGAAUACUAAUUUGUGCUAUAUUAUGCUGUAUAACAUUUAACUGUGAAUAGAAUUCAAACCAGCUCCUAAAGAGGUUCUUGCUCCCGAGUUAAAUUUUUUUUUACUUUGUUCUUCUUCCAAUCUGAAUCAGAUAUGGCCACUCCUAAUGUCUUUCCAAAAGUCUGACUGUUUUCUGGACUCUCCAGCCAGGAUUUAGACAAAUGUAUUACUUAUGAGGUAGCUAUGUACUUUAUAAAAAUAUGACAUUGCAAUUAAGGAGUGUUUAGGAUAUGAAAUCAUUGCUUUAAAUGAAGAAGAGACUGCUUAGAAUAAUAAUUUAUUCCUAUUAAGAAUUGUGAGAUAUAUUCUUCUAAGUAGUUGUGUUUUAUACAGAUGCAGAACCAGUCCUCUACAUGCUUAGAUCACUGGAAGUAAAACAGCUGACACCGUUGAGUUGCGUAUCUUUCCUGGAAGUUGUCUAUUUGCCAACAAAGCCUUUGCAGGGUAUUAAAGCUGCAGAACUAAGAUUAUGUGAUACUUACAAUUUUAAAUUCCAGCUUUGACAUUUUAUUAAAAUUGUUACACAUGAAUCAAGUUUUAAUAUACUGUAUGAUAGGGUAGAUAAAGCUGUCCUUUGUAUAUUCACUUGAGUUCUUGGGCAUAGUUGGCAUAGAAAGUUAGUAUUGUAACAUUAAUAAAUAUAGAAAUGUUCAUGACUUCUGGAGUCUAAUGAAUAUAUACAUACAUGUUCUGAUGCCACACAUCACUUCAGUGUGGCAAAUACAUGAUCAUGGUCUUGAAACAUAGGGCUGUAAUCUUAUGCAUGUUAUAAGAAAAAGUUCCACUGAGUUCAUCGAUUCAGAUAUGCAUUCAACUGGCUGUUGCAAAGUAUUGGUGGCCCAUAAGUAACUUGAAAUGUGUGGUUAUCAUCUACCUCACUCUGUAUGUCACUGCUAGCAACACCACUAAUAUCAAGUGGCAAAAAAAUGUAGUUUGUUCUUUAAGAAGAAAUAACACUGCUAAAGUUGAUAGCUUUUUGUAGUGAAGCAAAAACUUUCACCUCUUGAUCCCAGAUACUUGUUAUUUAUGAACAUGUUUUCAUUGAUAUAUUACACCAUUGAAUUAAAGUCAAAUCUUUCAAAAGAAAAUGUAGCUCUAAUAUGAACAAAGUGUAUAUUUUAUAUUGAAGGAUUAUUCCUUGAGAUUGUCUUAAUUUUGGGACAUAUACAUGUGGAUGGUUUAUGACUUCCUGACUCUGAAGUUCUGCAUCUUAUCGAUCCUAACAAAUAUAUAUGCUAAUAUAUACUUCUGUUACACAAUUGCUUUGUUAUCCAUGAACAAAUUAAUUAUAAAGAAACAAACUAAGGUGAUCUGAAUGCAAAUGAGUAUUCUUUUAGUUCAGACAUCAAGUUGUGAGCUGAUUAAAAUAAAUGAUAGCUUGAAGAAAACAAUCCCAGUUUUUAACAGUCUGUCUUUGAAGGUCAGAGUAUUUGAUUCAUGGUUCUUCUGAAAACAUAGUAAACAAAACAAGUUCAUUCUGAAUUUGUAUUUAGGUUCAUUGCUAUUCUAUGAAUGCUCAGAAAAACUGAAUACCCCUGGAAGACCAUGUACAUAUUUUUAUUUCUACUGUAACUUCCUAGCUGCAUAACAGUGAUUGAUGUUUUUUAAAUGAAAGCAGUGUCUUCCUAGACAAAGAUGAACUAUAAUUUAGCAAGCUCUUAACAGUCAACUUCAGACAAGGGAAUCUAAGGGAUACAUAAACUAUAUUUACAUAAACUAUAGCACAGAAUAUAGGAUAAUAAAACUUAUUUGAGCAGCUUUUUUCUGCUCUUGCCAGCACAUUUUAUAUAUCUUGAUAUAUUUUACUGGUAAUAAAAACAGUAAGUUGGGAGGUACUGUUCGUUCAGUAGAAGCAUUAGGACUUCCAAAGAACAUUUUCUGAGGCUUCUAUAUAGAUCCUAGAAUGUAUACUUACAAUUCAAGAUAUAUGCAGCUGUGGCUUUAAUAGCAAUGCCUACAUCCAUCUAGCGUAUACCCAAUUGUACCAUACUAUUUAGCUGGUGUACCUGUUCAAGGUAUGUUAGCAGUCAGAGCUGAAUAGGGAUCAAGAGAUACAAAGUUCAAGCUACAUAGAUCCAAUCAGCACAACUCAAGAACUUAGUCUUGGACUGUACAGUCUGAAUUCAAAUCUGAUGUCAAUGAAUAGGCUGAUGUAUAGUAAAAAUGAUGUAUAGUAAAAAUACUACAGAGCAUGUCUUGUGUAUGCUCAUUUCAGGCCUUCAAUUAUUCAAGGUAAAUAUUCAUAUUUUAACAGAUGGGAUGCUGAAAGCUUAAUUUCAGACAAUCCAAUUGUUUUCGGAUAAAUUGCUUACACCAAAUCAACUAUAGAGACAACUGAACUGAUUGCUUUCCAAAAACUGUUUUUAGACAAAAUAGGACAAUAAUUGACCUGCAAAAUUUUAAAAUAGACUUCCUAUGUCCACUUCUCCAAAAGAAACAAAUUUACAGUAAAUGCUAUUUAUUUCAAUACGCUGCUCUUUACAUCUGUAUUGGGUAUUACAAGUAGCUAACAAAUUUUGUUUAAAAAAGAACAAUGCAAAUUAAAAUUAACAAGAAAACAUUAACAAUAAAGAAUGUGAUGAAGUGUAUAUACCAACAUUGUAUUGAGCAAUGCAGGAAAAAGUCCUCUUUCUCAUGACCAAAGGCAAGCUACAUCUCUGAUGUGUUUAAAACUGAUCAAGGGAGAGUGUCUUAACUGAGUGUCUCUUAACUGAAUGAGUUUGUAAUGAGAACAGCAGAGAUCCUAAGCCUGUGAUGACAAACCUAUGGCACACGUGCCUGAGGUGGCAUGCAGUGCCCUCUGUGGGUUCGCAAGCUGUCGUCCCAGCUUGGCUCUGCAGUGCAUGUGCACAAGCCUCCCACCGGCCAGCUGGUCUUUGAGUCUGCCACGAAUGCAUGGGGGGCAGGGAGCAUGCAUGGGGCUUUGUGUGGCCUCUGGGGGCGGGGCACAUAUGUGGAGGCCGCACAUGCAUUGCAUUUUGGGGGUUUGGGCGUGCACACAUUUGCAUGCGUGCCUGCAUUUGUGUGCGUGUGCAUUGGGCACUCAGUCCAAAAAAGGUUCGCCAUCACUGCCCUAAGCCAUUUUGGACUUUAAGAAUUAAUAGUAGCUGUUUAAAUUAUACUUGGCAAGCAAUUGGUAACCAGUACCAGCAAUUUAUGAACUUUGUAUCUUGCAUAAUUUGGCAAUCUGCCUGCUGGAUUUUGUACCAGCUGAAAUGUUUGGAUACUUCAAGGGUAGCCCAUAGUAUGUUGUUGAACAGUCACGAUAGGAUGUAACCAGUGCAUGGACAACUUGUAAAAAUCUAAUCUUGGAAGGAAUGGAGGUAGCAUAAUAAAUAUAGUUGUGCAAAGAUUCCUCAACAUCUGCAAAUAAAGUGGGAUUCAGGAAUCUAAGUGGCACUUAUUAAUUAUACAUGUUUUCACGGGGACUGCAAUCCUAUCAAAAACAGCAUAUAUUUCAGUCUCAGAAUCCAGGCCAUCUUUUUAACCAACAGUAACAUUUACCUAUUUUUUUUAUUAUUUUUUUUGCAUUUAUAUCCCGCCCUUCUCCGAAGACUCGGGGCGGCUUACACUAUUAUCAAACUGAGGUAAUCUUCAAAGUCACCAGAUGCUUGCUUAGAAGGGUACAAGGAGUGUAGAACUGAGUAACAUCAGCCUAGCAAUGACACCUGACAUCAGAAUUCUAGAAAACACUGCCCUAUCAAAUUCAUGUAGAAUAGGGGUACAAAAUUAGAUUCAAGCCAAGAUAAUGGGAACACAAAUCAGUAUUGCCAUCUGGAUAUUGUUUGUCAGGAAAACUGGAAGCAUUGUAAAACAAUACUAAACCUCAAUCCUCAGGCAGUCCACAAGGUUCUUUCAUUAUCUUACCUUGGUCAAAAGCCCAAUUGAAAUGGAUCUACAAAACAAUUCUAAUUCAAAUGCCACUGACCUUGACUGCCUUCUUUGAAAUAGGGAAAUAUAGGGAGAUAAUGAUUAUUUCUCCUAGUAAGGCUUAUCGUGGCCAUUUAAAUCAGCCUAGAAAACCAAAAAUUGCAUGAUUAGGUGAUAGCCCUUAUCAUCGUUCACUAGCGUGAACGUAAUUUUAAAUUGGGGUUUUAAAUCGGGGGUUUUAAACGGGGUUUUAAAUUUGUAUUUAAAAGUUUUAGGCCAUCAGUUGAAUUAAUUUUCUAUUCUUUUUUGCUGAUUAUAGUAUUAUGCUAUAAUAUGUAUUAUAUGUUUUCUGUUUUAUUGACUGUGAACCGCCCUGAGUCCUUCGGGAGAUGGGUGGUAUACAAAUAUAAUAAAUAAUAAUAAUAAUAA